CAGGCGCUUGCUUUUUAGGGUCAACUGUGCCAGAAAACAGAGCACCACGACCGCAGUGGGAAGUGCAAAGGCCCUGAGGCAGGAAGAUUCUGGAGUGGUUGAGGAACUGAAAGAAGGCAGUGGCCACCAUCAGCUGCCUUACACUGAACUGCCACCUCGGCCUCAAGCAGACGGUUCAGGCCCCAGAAAGGGUGUGUGGACUGCAGGCCCCACAGCCAGCCUGCACAAUGCCCACCUGGAGGGCCCUGUUCCUGCUCUGGGCUGCCGCGGAGGCCACCACGGACUGCCCUGCACAGUGCACCUGCCAGGCCCUGGAAACCAUGGGGCUGUGGGUGGACUGCAGGGGCCGGGGGCUCACAGCCCUGCCCGCCCUGCCAGCCCACACCCGCCACCUCCUGCUGGCCAACAAUAGCCUUAGCUCCGUGCCUGCAGGCGCCUUUGACUACCUGCCCCAGCUGCAGACCCUCGACGUGACACAGAACCCCUGGCACUGUGACUGUAGCCUCACGUACCUGCGCCUUUGGCUGGAGGACCACAUGCCCGAGGCCCUGCUGCAAGUCCACUGUGCCAGCCCCCACUUUGCCACCUCCCGCCCACUGGGCCUGCUGACCGGCUACGAGCUAGGCAAUUGUGGCUGGCAGCUGCGGUCGUCCUGGGCCCACCUGGGGAUCUGGUGGGAUGUGGCUCUCGUUGUCGUGGCCACACUGGGCCUGGCUCUCCUGGCUGGCCUGCUGUGUGUGACCCCAAAUUCCUAGACUGAGCCCAGACCUCUGGGGUCAUCCCCAGGCCAGGCAGCCAGGCCCUGGGCCUCUCCCCAGAUGCCACCAGCCCUGGUCAGACCAUAACUCAAAGUAAACUGGCUGCUCAGCCAUUUUAUCCAAGCUCAGAUUUUUUUAUUUUUUACCCUCUCAGCAUUCAAGUCUGGCUCCUUCUAGAAACUUGGGUCCAUUGUGUUAGAACCAGAUAUCAGCUGGAGCUCCUCUGUUCCCCAGGUUCCUGGUAAAACGGGCUGUCCUGCCUCCUCACCAGCCACCCCCAAUGCACGAUCUCUGGAUGCCUGAGGCCUUCCCCGGCGCCCACCAAGUCCUGCAGCCCCAGUUCUCACACCCUCGUCUGUCCACCAGCACCUGCUUCCCACACAGGCCACCCAGACUGAUUUCACAUCACUCUUCAGCCCCUGUCUGAAUUCCACAGAAAGCUGGUUCUCACAACACAGCACGAAGUGGAGACCCUGGGCAGGAAGAAAGGAGGGGGUUCCACCUCUGCAACAGGUGGACCUUGAAAAGCUAGUCCUUGUUCUGAAAAUGGCCUUUAGCCACUCUGCCCCGGCCACAAAGCCAUCUGGGCUCACCUGGGCCCUUUCCUUUCUCCUCUCCUACACGCUUUCUCUCCUUUCCUUCCUCUCUACCCCUCUUCUUCAGAAACAAAACAACAAACUCCUCCCUUGCUCAGGGAAACAACUGCCCCAAAGCGCUGACAUCAGACACACGCAAAGUCUGGACUCCCAGUUCCACCCCAAGCAACAGUCACCAAAUUCUUCCAACAAGACCCUUUUCUCCCUCAGAGGAAUUCUAGUGCCAGCAGUUUAGAUAAACUUCUCUCCACCAAAUGAGAUAACAUUCACAGGCCUGCGACUGGCCAACCCAAAUCCAAAUAUAAUUACACCAAGGUCUUUCCCUCAAGGAUCUCCACGUGGCUGGCCUGUGGCUCAGAGGGUGCCAUGAGGAAGGCCACGGGGACACUGAGCACCAGUGGAGGGCACUGACCCACCCAGGUGAGGCUGGAACAGGAGCCUCAAACUCAGGGGAGGGGCUGGGCAAUAGGUAGUGGUGGAGAUUGUGGAAAACUAGAGCGCCCCCGUUUCAUCCAAAGAGGCACGGCUGAACACUGCCAUGAGGACACAGGGACCCAGAAUGUCUUCCCACCCUUCCAGAGAGGCUGGAAAUCUAAAUGUUUACAUGAAACCCCCAACUUAUUCAAGCA